AUGGCGGCUUUUCGAAAGCCGGUGUUGCUGGGCCUUAGAGACAAUGCAGUGCGUGACUGCCCGGCGGGCUCGCGGGCCUGGGCCAAUAGCAAGCUAGGCGGUGUUCCGGACGCCCUGCCGGCCGUAGCAGCUCCGAGGCCGCUAUGCAGAUGCUGCGGACAACUACUCGCUCUGGUAGUGCAAGUGUACUGCCCGCUCGAAGGCUCCCUGUUUCAGCGGCUGCUGCACGUGUUCGCCUGCGCCCGGCCCAAUUGUGACAGUGGGGGCAGGUAGGCCUGGAAGGUCUUCCGCUCUCAGUGGCUGCAGACUGGCGAGAAGGCGUUGGACCCUCAGAAACAGGAAAGCAGGCUUGUAGCCGAGGACUGGUGUGAAGGUGCAGAUGACUGGGGAAGUGACAAUGAAGAGGUACCUCCUCCACAGUUCACUUUGGAUUUGGAAAGCAAUACUAAUAGUGUCCAACACAUAGGCUGGCCAGCCCAGCUCCAGGAUCUCAGCCUGCAGGGUGGUAUCCAGGAUGCCUCUUGUGCUGUAUCCCCUGAAGAACUACAGUUGUCUGUGAUGCCACAGUUUCUGCCCUACUACAUCUGUGUCGUGGACGAGGAUGACUACGGAAACUUUGUCAAUCUGGAUCAUGCCCACAGCCUUCUGAGAGAGUAUCAGCAGAGAGAAGGGGUUGACAUGGAGCAGCUGCUUUCCCAAAGUCUUUCUAAUGUUGGUGAUGAAAAAUAUGAGAAGACCAUAAUUAAAAAUGGAGAUAAGUUAUUUUACAAAUUCAUGAAGAGAAUUGCAGCUUGUCAGGAACAGAUUUUAAGGUAUUCCUGGAGCGGAGAGCCACUCUUUUUAUCCUGCCCCACGCCAGAAACUAGUGAGCUCCCUGCGUGCAGCUACUGUGGAGGCCAACGGAUAUUUGAAUUUCAACUCAUGCCAGCACUGGUCAGCAUGCUCAGAAGUACUAAUUUAGAUCUUUCCCUGGAAUUUGGAAUAAUUUUGAUUUACACAUGUGAGAAAAGUUGCUGGCCUGAAAAUCGUCAGAUACCCAUGGAAGAAUUUUGUAUUAAACAAGAUGACCCAGAUGAAUUAUUAUUUAAAUAA